AGACAGGGGAUGCAUGUUUCCUUUAUAUUACACGAAUGGCUGCAGACACCAUUUACCUUGUUGCUAGUUGUCGCAUCAGUCUUGAUCGCAGUGACGCACUGAUCGAUAACACAGCUGUGAUGAGUGACGUUGUCAAGCGAGGUAGGAAAAUCAAUAUACAGGUGUAAUCAGCUCCUCGGUUCCAGGAAGCAAAGGCCGCCGUCCCCCAGACCGCGUCAGACUUCAGCAGACUAGGGAGAAGCAUACGUCGUUUGACCAGGAACUGAAAGGUUGAUGGUGAUGAGUUAAAUGCCGACUUCGAUUGAAGACACUGAUGAAAAACAAGAAACAGUGAAGAAUUUUCAAAGACUGAAUCAGAACGAUCAAGGCCAGAUGGAUGAUAAAGACACGGAGUGUGGAGGAUGUACACCAGCAGAGUGCCCUGUGAGGCACAAUGACGGUGACACGUCAUCAGACGGGGAAAACAUGGAGCUUGCAGGUAUUCCCAUGGACAACCCUCAAGGAACAACUGAAGGAGCAGGCUGUACUGCGGAGGGUGAAGAAGACUUGUCACAGCCUGGAGCAGGUACUGUAGAGGUCAAACGCCAGACUGAUGAUCAAGAGUCAUACCAACAUGUAGAAAAAGUCGCCCAUUGCAAGAUUAUCAAAUGUAAGAAUGUGAUAGUCAAGGGCGCCACGAAUCUGAACGUUGGCGGAACGCAAAACGUUGUUACACCUCAGACCCGCCCGGAGGAAGAGGAGAAGCCAUUAACUGUUGCAGCGCGGAAGAUCAGGAAAAGAACGGAAUCUAGCAUUCAGUCAAUGACUAAAGACAUGGUGGAGACAGAAGCCCUGCAGAAAGUGAUGGAGAAGCUAGACAGAGGAGCAACAUGGGUGACAAUUAAAGGAAGGCCAGGAGAGGGAAAGUCUACAAUAGCCUACAUGGCCCUCAAAGAUCAGCACACUCAGGGGAGACAAGUGUACCAGGUGUUGUCACCAGAAGAGUUCAAUGAGGUCAUAACGGCCAGCACAAACCCUGUCAUUAUGUUAGAUGACAUAUUCGGUGAUCUAGAAUUUGAUGUAGCAGAAUGGGCCAAGUGGAGACCAAGUCUACGUUCUUUUGUUGAUAUGAAGGAUCCAGACAAGACCACUGAAAAAGACGUAAUGGAUAAAUCCAUUAACAGUAAAAAAGAGAGAACAAAGGAUGAGCAAACAAUUCUAAAGAGAACAGCACCAAACAAAGGCAAAACGAUCAUUAUCCUCGUAGGCCGUGACUAUGUGCUGAAAUCCUCACUGGCAGACUUGGGAGAGAUGGCAGAUUACAUAUCUAGUCCCCAGUAUGUGGUUGAAGUUUCCUCACUGAGAGACUCUAUAGAACGAAGGAAGAUAUGGCAUGUUCAUGCCAAAACAAAAAACAUAGACUUUGAUGAGUCAACCGUGUCUCGGAUAUGUCAAUCUGACUGUCCACACGGCUUUCCCCAUGUGUGUGAAAUGUUUGUCACAACAUAUGAAAAGGAUCAGUCUCAGCUUCAAGUAGAUACAUUUUUUCAAGCGCCUCUAGAAUUCCUCAAACAGACUCUAGAUAAAUUCCUUAAAGAUGAGAUAAAGAUUUCCCUGUUCAAGGCUAUGAUUAAAAGUGAUGGAAAGAUUAGUGGACAAGAGUUGAAAGAGGAGGAUGCCCAUGGAUACAAAUACAUAACAGCUGCUGAUGAUUUAGUUGGAUCUUACCUCAAGAAGGAAGAUGACACAUACAUGUUUGACCAUCCCUCUAUAUACGACUGUGUCGCUUUAAUUCUCAGUACAAACCAAUCAAAGUUUGUCAUCGAAUUUUGCAGUUUGUCAUUCAUCCAUCAGCGACUUCGUCUUGAAGCCUCCACAAGAACAGGGGGAAACGUUCCUGGUGAGACAGGUCUUGUUGCAAACAUCUCAUGGAACUAUGCUAAACAUCUAGCAAGAAGAUUUGCGACUGAAAUUUCAAGGAGCAAUUUGUUGCAUGUCUUAUCGCACCAGGCAUGUUGUAAUCCAGAGUUUAUUGACUUGCUAAUGGACUGCCUGAAGACACAGUGUCACAUGUCUGUUUCUGAUAUUCUCAAACUAGCUGAUUACUCUUUAAAACAGACAUUUUGUGAAUUAAUUUCCAGCAGCAAGUCACAUCAUCUCAUCAAAUUUAUUAUCGAGAAAGAAAACAGAACAUUCAGCCAGAGUGAACUGAGAGACAUUUUACUUGGGGUGUGCAUGAAUGCUGCUUGUAGUGUACUGACCUACAUCAGUGAACACCAGCAGCUUGAGAUAGAUGCUAGAUAUGGUUGUAUUGGAAAAACGCCACUUAUGUUAGCAGCAGAAACCAAAGACAGAGUGUUUGUCAAUCAGAUUCUGGCCCUGUACCCUAACCUGAAUGCACGAGACUAUCUGGAUCAAACAGUCGUUCAAUACCUGUGUGCAAAUGGCCUUAAAUCAGCCGUGAAACAUGCAAUCACCAUGGGCGUAGAUGUUAAUAAGCGUUAUUUUCCAGAUGUUUAUUUUUUUCCACCAGAACCUUACCAACCCCCUCUAUAUGAUGCCAUAGAAAGUGGUCAUGUUGGGUUGGUGGAACUGCUCCUGCAAACAGGAUGUCAUUUAGAAAAACAGAGAGGUCUUGAAAGUGCAUUGAAGAGCCAGAACACGGAUAUGACGCGUUUUCUUUUAGACAGAGGAGCACAGGUUGAUGGUGAUGCUGUGUGCAUUGCUUGUAGGUGGAAUAACUUGCGUUUCAUCAAGAUGUUGUUUGAGGAGGGUGCUAAAGUUGACAUGAUUUCAUCUAAAGGGGAUACUCCUCUUCACGGUGCAUGUGACCCUAAUGUUGUCUCGUUUUUGUUGGAUAAAGGAGCAAAUGUGAAUGUAAAGAAAAAUACAGGUGACACACCACUUCAUACAGCAGUAGCUCGGGGAUCUACAGCGUGUGUGGAUGUGUUACUGAAGGCUGGAGCUCAUAUGAAUGAGCAGAAUAAUACAGAAGACACACCACUUCAUACAGCAGUAUUUCUGGACUCUAGAGCGUGUGUGGAUGUGUUACUGAAGGCUGGAGCUCAUGUGAAUGUACAGAAUAAUAAAGGUGACACACCACUUCAUACAGCAUUAUGGUAUAGAUAUGCAAAAUGUGUGGAUGCGUUACUGAAGACUGGAGCACAUGUGAAUGUACAGAACAAUACAGGUGACACACCACUUCAUACAGCAGCAGGACAGGGAUCUACAGAGUGUGCUGAUGCGUUACUGAAGGCUGGUGCUCAUGUGAAUGUACAGAAUAAAACAGGUGACACACCACUUCAUACGGCAGCAGCAGGAAAAAAAUGGGUAUGUACAAAUUGUGUUGAUGCGUUACUGAAGGCUGGAGCUGAUGUGAAUGUACCGAAUUAUUCAGGUAACACACCACUUCAUACAGCAGUAGUUCGGGGAUCUACAGAGUGUGCUGAUGCGUUACUGAAGGCUGGAGCUGAUGUGAAUGUACAGAAUAAAACAGGUGACACACCACUUCAUACGGCAGCAGCAGGAAAAAUGUGGGGAUGUACAAAUUGUGUUGAUGCGUUACUGAAGGCUGGAGCUUCUGUGAAUGUUCAGAACAAUACAGGUGACACACCACUCCAUACGGCAGUAGUUCGGGGAUCUACAGAGUGUGUGGAUGCGUUACUGAAGGCUGGAGCUGAUGUGAAUGUACCGAAAAAUGCAGGUGACACACCACUUCAUACAGCAGUAGUUCGGGGAUCUACAGAGUGUGCUGAUGCGUUACUGAAGGCUGGAGCUGAUGUGAAUGUACAGAAUAAAACAGGUGACACACCACUUCAUACGGCAGCAGCAGGAAAAAUGGGGGGAUGUACAAAUUGUGUUGAUGCGUUACUGAAGGCUGGAGCUAAUGUGAAUGUUCGGAACAAUACAGGUGACACACCACUCCAUACGGCAGCAGCAGAAGCAACAUGGGGAUCUACAAGGCGUGUGGAUCUGUUACUGGAGGCUGGAGCUGAUGUGAAUGUACAGAACAUUACAGGUGACACACCUGUAUUUCAUUGACCAGGACAUCAAAAUCCUGAUCAGAGGUAUGCCACUGUGAUUAGAAAUAGUUGGUAUUAAUAUAUAUUAUCCCAGUGUCAUUGCUGAGCGAAGGUUAUGGAUGUCGGACAGUUUGUGAUAUUAGCAGGCUCUUCUCCCUUUGUCCUUUGUCCCACUUCGUUACUGUUGGUGUGAGGAGUUUGUGCGAUUGAUGGAUGGUUUGUUUUGUUUUAACACCCCACUCGGCAAUAUUCAAACUAUAUGAUGGCGGUCUGUAAAUAAUCGAGACUGGAUCAGACAUUUUAGUGAUUGAUAUCAUGAGCAUCGAUCUUCGCAAUGGGCGAUAUUUUCAAUUCAUCUUCCCUUCACUCGGCCGGCUGGUGACUGACUCAGACGGCCCAACCUUAAAUUGACGGCGCAUGUGGUACGAGCGGUACAUGUUAAUAUCACACCUGUAGACAGUUGAACAGUAUAGCCUGCAUCUCUAGCGGCAACGGUCACGCUGGUGUAUAGACAUUAUUCCAUUUCGUCUAAACAAAGAUCUAUAAACAUUCGAAGUGAGGCAGUGCGAUCAACUGAUCGUUCAUUUCAGGUCGCUUUGUAAGAUGGUUUGCAUUCGGUACUGAAAAUGAUUGCCUUUGAUGUUUGAAAAUCACACUUUAAGAAAUGAAGUAGAUUUUCAUUGUAUACCUACCCAUAUCUAUGUUGUAGUAUCGCCAAUCACGCUACAUCAUAUGCAUGCAUUGCAGUGCAGCGGUAAGGUGAUGGGGUACAUGAAAUGUGAAGGUCUUAUGCAACGUAAAGUUGCCAGUUGCCUAAAUGAUGUGAAUUUCGACAGCAGCACCUGUAAGUAUUUGUCAGGUAUAUAACUGAGAGAAGUGUGAAAUUUGUUCAAGAAAUUACAAAAGAAAACAGGCACUUACAAAUAAUGUCAUCAGCUAGAUAGCAUAAUACAAUUUUCACUAUAAAAGAGUGAGUGAGUGAGUUUGGUUUUACGCCACUUUUAGCAAUAUCCCAGCAACAUCACGGCGGGGGACACCAGACAUGGGCUUCACACAUUGUACCCAUGUCAGGAUUCGAACCCGGGUCUUCGGCGUGACGACCGAACGCUUUAACCACUAGGGUACCCGACCGCCCCCACUAUAAAAGAAAUGAACAUCAUUGAAAUCGAUUUUUAUACUUAAGGGUUAGUGGGUGCAUGUUGCAUAAAAAAAGAUUUUAUUGAUGAAUGGUGGCUGUAUUGUAUUGCCAAAUACUACCGUGAUCAUAUUUCUACAUGAUAAAUAAAAGAGGGCUGAAGUGCAGGGCCAAAAAGAGUUUAUAACUUGGACAUAUUUAAGAUCCCCACGGUAUAACCAUAUGUACAAUUGCUGAGUUUAAUGAGAGGAAUGCAGGUUCUUGCCUUCCGUUGUAUGCACAUUCUCUGUCAGAAAAUAGAUUGUUGCAUGCAUUUGUAGCAACAACUUGAUUUUGAUUUUAUAUUUUCAAUGCCAUUCCUAUUCAUCUGAAACUUUUUCAGUCAUUCCUUUUAAAUAUUGUUUCAACUUCAAUAAACUGGAUUUGUA